AUGAGGAUCUCGGCAUUGCCUCCGGAAGAAGUAUCGAAGGAACUGGGGCCACAACUAUCACGAUCUGCUGUAAUCUCUGGCUGGGAUGCAACUAAACAUGGGCGAUGGAGUGAAUUUCAUGCCCCUAAACCUGGCGUCGUCGUGACACCGGCCAAUGAGCAGGAUGUGGAAUAUUGCACUUCAAAGGAAAUCCCUUUCCUAGCUCAGAAUGGCGGGCAUGGAUGCGCAAAAUCGCUGCACAUUUACAACGAUGGACUGAUCAUCAGCCUCAAACAAUUUGACUCUGUCACCUUCAAUGAUGAGAGAACAGAGGUUACGGUUGGAGGGGGUGCCUCUGUCACUCAGGUGAUAAAUGCUGCCUCAAAAAACAAUGCCCUCGUUAUCCUUGGUGCUGGAUAUGGUAAUCUGAUGGGCAUGGUGGGCUUCGGGGUCGACAAUAUAUUGUCUCUUGAUGCGGUCAUGGCAGACGGAUGUCUGCAUACGAUCACACCGGAGGACAAGGAUCUCUUUUGGGCGUUUCGCGGAGCUGGUCCCAACUUUGGCAUUGUCACAUCUGCGAAGAUGAAAUCAUAUCCCGUUGAACCCUCGGACAAGCUGGAGAAAAUUGUGGACGCAAUCGAUGCAUUAACUCUUGAGCCCAAAAUGGCUCUUUUCUUGGUCUUUUCGACCAGUGGUGAACCGGACUAUACACCCAUGAUAUCUCUGAUCCCACAUUACUACGGGACCGAGAAAGAAGGAAGAGCUGCAUUCUCAUCAAUCUUGGAUAUUGGACCAACUAACGACACCACAAAAGAAACUCAGUAUCCUCACUGGAAUGACGUGAUAGACGCUUUCUGUGUCAAAGGAGGCUACAAACUAUUGGAAACUGCCGGUCUCAACAGUAUGGUUUCUAGCACAUGGAAAGAAACCUGGGAGGAGUAUGUCUCAUUUGUUUCGUUGGACGGUACCGGUACAAGUCUGGUUCUUCUGGAGGCAUAUUCCCUCAAGAAGGCACGGUCGUUCGGUCAAGUCUCCUCUGCGUAUGCGUGGAGAAACAAGGUCAACUUCAAUGCGGUCGCCAUUCCGUGGUACACUGACUCUAGCCUUGACUCGGAUGCUAUAGCCUGGACUUCUAAACUUCGUGAGCUAUGGAGGUCUACUGAUGGGCUUGAGUCCCCUGCCGCGUACAUCAAUUUCGCCAGUGAUGAGAAGCUAUCGGUAGUGUAUGGGGAAAAUGUUGACAGGUUGAAGGCCAUAAAAGCCAAAGCGGAUCCUGACAAUGUUUUCAAUCAAUGGUUCCCUCUGUAG